AUGACAAACCAGAAGGAAAUGGGGUAUGGUUGGCUUGCGAAAGCGAGAUUUGAGCAAGAAAAUGCGUUAAAGCAACAAUCCCAGAACUGGAAGGUCGCAAGAUGGCAGGCAUACUGGGAGGAUGUCCGUAAGGGGACUGUGAAAUCGAUAAAGUACUAUAUCCUCAUAACUAGCUUGGGGCUGUUUACAUCGCCUGAAAAGUUGCAGGAGAUUGCUGGUCUUCCAUCAACCCCAGAGCUCCAUACCACUGUGAAGCUGGAAAAUAUGGACGACAAACCAACAGCAGAGCCUAGGAGGAAGAGAAAGUCCAAUACUGCACAUGGCCCAAUUGGCGCAUGGCUCGCGUACUCUUUGAAGGCGGAUGACCGACAGUGGGAUGAUUUUCGCGAAGCAUGCCGUAAAGGAGCCAUUACAUACACCAACGGCACCUAUCCCAUUAUCAUAUCCAACUCAGGUCCUUUUACGUCCCCCGAAAAGAUACAGGAAGCUCUUGGACUGACAGCACUGCCGGAAGUGAAGGAAGCCGCCCGGGCAAAGUUUUCUGAAAAAACGCAACCUUGGACGAAAGAGGGGGAUGAAUUACAGUAUUGCGAUGUUGACCUUCGCUACUUGGAUAAGAUAGAGGAAAUUUCUGACGGAGAGGAUAUCCUUAUUUGGGUCGAUUUCAAACAAAGGUGCGGCUGGCUUGCACACUCCAUGAAAUCAAGAGUUGGAUGUGAAGACGUCAACAAUAGCAAAGAAAAUGCUGAAUGA